AUGCUUGGGAGUUUAAGACUUCGAGAGUCUUUUGUUUCGGUUAGAUUCCUAGACAAAGCCUUCGAGAAUAAACAAGAAUUCUUGAUUAUCGGUUUUGAUCCUCUAUUUAGUCUUAAUGGAAUUGUCAACUCCAGGACACAGACCUCCCCUCUCAUAGCUUUCGCCCACCACGCUGCUUCAGCUGGGCGGGCUGGUGGGUCUUAA